GCUUAGAAAUGUAUUAUUAUCUAUCUGGUGAUCGGUGUGUGUCGUGUAGUCUCUCUCCUGCGCGUCCCUGUCUGUUCAGAGAGAGAGAGAGAGAUUUCAUGGUCUGAAGAAUCUGACGAGAUUCACGUUACUCUUGCUCCUCUCUUCUCUUCUCAUCACUCAAUCCAAACACCAGUGGCAGACACGUAACUUACAGAAGACAAAACCAAAGAACACAAAAAAAAACUCUCCCCUUGUGUUCUUCAUCUUCAAUCUAGAAGCAGUUGAAAGCAUUGAUGAUCUGGUCUGAAUCUACCCAAUACCCAUCAUUACAUGAGGAUUCGCCUUCUGGGUCUACAAAAUGGAAGCCAUACAUGAUCCCCACUCCGUUGUCGUCGUUCCCCAAGUAAACCAUGUCUCCGGCGAAGGAGACAAAGACCUCGCCGGCGCCGCCGGCGGAGAAGCUGUUGUGGCGGCGGCGGCGGAGGAGAUAGUGAAAGAGAGGAGAUCUUGCGCGUCGGAGUGUUCGGUGGAGGUAGAUCUGGAGGAUGGAAUGGUACAUUUGUCGAAAUCUGAGAGGGAUUGCAGGAUUUGUCACAUGAGUUUGGAUUCAGGGAAUCAAGAAUCUGGGUUUCCGAUUGAGCUCGGCUGUUCUUGCAAGGACGAUCUUGCUGCUGCUCACAAGCAGUGUGCGGAGACUUGGUUCAAGAUCAAAGGAAACAAAAUCUGCGAAGUCUGCGGAUCAAUUGCCUGUAACAUUGCUGGAACAAUCGAGGCUGAGUCCGCGGAGCAUUGGAACGAAGCGAACGGGUCAACGCAACAAGCAGCAUCUGCUCAGGCAAAUCUGGCAGAAGCCAGGAGCUUCUGGCAGGGCCACCGGUUCUUGAAUUUCCUGCUGGCUUGCAUGGUGUUUGCCUUUGUGAUCUCUUGGCUCUUCCACUUCAACGUCCCCUCGUGAAUGGGUGUGACAAGGUAUUCUUCUGCGGUUGUAUCUUGUCUGGAGGCUCUGUUGAAGUUUUCAAUACUUUCAAUGCAACUCUCACCAGUUUCUGUACCAGAAA